GUCUCCGCACCUUUCCCUUUGAAGUGCUGCAUUCCCUCUCCCCACUCAUCGACUUCUUCACGCCAAACUCAUCAGAUCCCAUGGCUGGUCCUUUGCAAAGGGCGUUUAUGGCCAAAUCAAGAUUCUCUGGCCCCACAGUUGGCACUCUCCCGAUACCUACGCCUGGCAAGGAUCAACUGCUGGUUAAAAUCCAUUCGGCAGCCUUGAACCCUGUAGAUCCUUAUAUGGCGUUCACAGGGUUUGAGGUCCAUUCGUAUCCUGCUGUGUUUGGACAUGACGGGGCAGGCGUCGUAGAGGAAGUCGGCGCGAAUGUUAAGAACUUUACUAAAGGAGACAAGGUCAUGUUCGCAGGAGAUACCUUCAGAACAGAAAUGCAUACCUUGGCAGAAUAUGCGAUCGCCGAUCCAGCCGUAACAAGCAAGAUUCCUUCUAAUGUCACAUUCGAGGAAGCUUCGACGAUCCCACUUGUCCUCUCCACCGCAGCCAUAGGCUUGUACGGAGUGCUCAAGAGAAAUAACGGAGGUGCAGGUCUCGUUGCCCCAUGGGAAGAAGGUGGCAGGAACAAGUAUCAAAAUGAGCCUAUCGUCGUACUAGGUGGCUCGUCAGGUGUGGGGCAAUCUGCAAUCCAGCUGGCGAAAAUGUCCGGGUUCGACCCAAUCAUCACUACUUCCUCCUCACACAACAUCCAAUAUUGCAAAGCAGCAGGUGCCACGCAUGUCAUCGACUACCACACAACUCCUUACGGGCCUGCUUUUGUGAAAGCAGUUUCCUCCAUUACAAACGGUCCGGUGAAGGUGAUAUUCGACUGUGUCAGUGAUAGCAACUCACAAAGGGCUUCCUGGUCGAUCCUUGCACCAGGCGGUAAGUUGAUUCUCGCGCUUCCACAAUCUUCCGUAGGAACACCCGGCGUAGAGGGAAAAGAUGGGAAAAGGGUUGUCACUCCGUACGGGAGUGUAUACAACGAUGAGGUUGGCGGAGAUACCCGUCUUGGAAAGAGUAUGUUUGCUUCACUGGAGAAUAUGGUGAGAGCUGGGGACAUCAAGCCUAGUAGGGUGGAGCUUCUUCCAGGAGGAUUGAACGGCAUUGCAGAUGGCAUGCGGAAGCUGAUGGCUCAUAAAGUUAGUGGAGGAAAACUUGUCGCAAGAAUUGGAGAUACACCGCAAUGAUGCUUGGGUGGAGAGGUUGUCUUAUGACAGCACCGCGUUGUACUUACUCUACCUCGUUUAUCCAGCUAUAAUCUUCGUCUAUUUCUG